UUUUUAGAAUUUCUUUUCACAUUUUUCUAUAAUUUUAUUUUGUCCUUUUUCAAAUGGAAAAUUCAAAUAAUUCAUCUUUACCCCCACCAAUUCCACAAAGGCCUCUUACGACUUUUUCUAAUAAUCAAAAUUACCUACCAUUUUUUAAUCAAAAUAAUAAUAUUUCAUAUCCUUACCAAAGACAACAAUAUUUUCCAAAUAGUUCUGGAAUGUUUAAUUAUUACCAACAAACUCCCGAUCCAUAUGGAUUUUCAAGAAUUAAUAAUUCUCAACCAAUGACUACAUAUGAAUUUCUUCGUACUGCAGAAGAAUCAACAAGAGGUGCCUUUCAAUCAAUUGAACAUGUUGCUAGUGCUUUCCUUUCUAUUGCUAGCCUACUUAACUCUACAUAUGGAGCUGUGUUUAAUUCAUUUAGGGCCAUAAUCUCUGUGGUUGAACAACUUAAAUCGCUCAAACAUUUUCUAGUCUCUACAUUCCUACUUUCUUUAAUUCGUUGGAUCCGUUUUCUGUGGAGACGUUUAUUAGCAUCAUUACGUGUUAGACCAAGAAAUUAUGCAAAUUCAGCUUCCAUUUGGGCGGGUAUUAAUGGAGAAUUGGAACAAUCUAAAAAGUCUUCCAAUUUUGGAACACUUAUAUUUUGGAUAAUUGCAAUUGGCGGUCCCCUACUUGUUAUAAAAUAUUUUCUUCAACAAAUUAGAGAAAGUACUAGUGAAUUAACUUCGGAUUGGGCUACUGGACAGGCAGAACAUUACACGGCACAGGCAAAAAUAUUUUUAUUUUCUAAAACUCCCAUUAAUUUCUAG